UACUGUGAGAAAACCUUGAAAUUCAACUCAUUAUUGCCGGUUUCUUGCGGCAAAAUAACUUAAUUUCUAGUCACAGUAUAGGAGAAGUUAAUAAAUAAUGAGAUUUAUAUCACAGUUGAUAUUUUUAAUAGUUUUUUCAUGUGUGUGCUUCGCUACAUUGUCACCUCCAUCGGACAAGAAGUCCCAAAAGGCCGUGAAACCACAGGAAGGACCUAGGAAAAAUAAUGUUUUAGACAGAAAACUAGUCGUAGAAACCCCGCUGGCUAAGGAUAUAAUUAAGUUUCAUGGAACAUUCCACCAAGAUACCUCGCUACGUAACUUCAAAAAUUUGAUUUUAGGCUACGUGACUCCCUGGAACAGCAAAGGUUAUGAUGUGGCCAAGUCGUGGGCUGCAAAAUUCAACUACGUCUCCCCUGUAUGGCUGCAGAUCAAGAGACAAACACCAAACAUUUACAUUAUAUCUGGUCUUCAUGAUGUUGACAAUGGAUGGAUGAAGUCAGUAAAACAGAAGGGUUAUACUAACAACUUAAAGAUUCUGCCAAGGUUGAUCUUUGAGAACUGGCAGCCGUCAGACCUGAGGACUUUCUUCAUGGAGCCGACAGCACAAACGGAACAGAAGGCUCUGAUUGAAGAAGUGAUAAAGGCCUGCAGACAGUGGAAAUUUGAUGGCAUUGUGCUGGAGAUGAUCUCACAGAUCGGCAAAUAUGUUGAUAAAUCCAUCAAAUUUAUUCAGCAGUUUGGUUUGGAAAUGAACAAGAACGGUCUCAGCUUAAUUCUAGUGUACCCGCCAUUCCGAGGCUAUCCCAGUGAUGAGUUUUUCAUCCAAGCGUUCAAUGAGAUCUACCCUUAUGUAGAAGCAGUGUCUGUCAUGACUUACGACUUUUCUAAUCCACAAAAGCCAGGUCCCAAUGCUCCACUAUACUGGAUGAGACUCUGUCUGGAGAAAUUAAUUGACAAUGAAGAGAAUCCUACAAAGAGGUCCAAGAUACUGCUUGGACUGAAUUUCUAUGGCAACUCGUACACAGCUAAUGGUGGUGGUGCCAUCGUUGGUACGGAGUAUAUUGAACUUCUGAAGCACACUAAGCCAAACCAGGCCUUGAGCUACAACAAUAAUACUGGGGAGAACUAUAUUGAAAUAAGAACGUCACAAGGCGCAAAGAAAGUGUUCUACCCUACACUUUACUCUAUCAAAAAGCGUUUGGAACUAGCACAAGAGUUUGGGACGGGUAUUGCUAUAUGGGAACUAGGACAGGGUCUCGACUACUUCUAUGAUCUCCUUUAAUGUAAUAAAUAAAAUUUUAUACAAGGUAA